AUGGUUCUCCUCAAAUCUGUCCUAUCGUCAAUGCCAACCUAUCCAAUGUCUUGUUUCAAGCUCCCGAUCAACCUAUGCAACAGAAUCCAGUCUGUGUUAACGAGAUUCUGGUGGGACGCGGAUCCAGAUACUAAAAAGAUGUGCUGGAUCGCCUGGCACAGGCUAGCGAGAAGUAAAAAGGAAGGAGGACUGGGAUUUCGAGAGAUACAAACCUUUAAUGAUGCAAUGCUAGCCAAAUUGAGCUGUAGAAUGCUAAUGAACCCAGACUGUCUCCUGCACCGAAUUCUAAAAGGGAAAUACUUCAUGAGCUCUAAUUUCUUGGAGGCAGAUUUGCAAGAUGCAUCAUCACACGGAUGGAAAGGAAUAAUAGUGGGAAGUGACUUACUGAAGAAAAGGUUGGGAAAAGCCAUUGGUAAUGGCAAAACAACAAGUCUAUGGGAAGAAAACUGGAUAUCCACGUCCCAGCUCCGUAAGCCAAUAGGGCCAGCCCUGGAACACGUUUACAAUUUGAAAGUCUCAGACCUGAUCAACGAAGAUACAAAAGAAUGGAAAGAAGAUAUGAUCAGGGAGAUACUACCCGAGUUUGAAACUGAGAUAAAGUGCAUCAAGCUAAGCCACACGGACGUGGAAGACAGAUUCAUCUGGACACCACAUCCCUCCGGAAACUACACGACAAGAUCGGGAUACCAUUCAUCACUGCCACAACCGAUCAUGAACACACUCUCAACAGAUAUAAGAGAAGACUUUGAUUGGAAUAAGGAGAUUUGGCAAGAAACGUCUUCAGAGAAAUUAAAGCUGUUUCUAUGGAAACUAGUGAAAAGAGCCUUACCGCUAGGAGACAAUCUUGUCAAACGAAAGGUUAUCUCGGAUUCUUCCUGCAUUCACUGUGGAGCCUCGGAAUCAGAGGUACACCUAUUCUUUCAUUGUCCCUUUGCUGUGGAAAUAUGGAACCAGAUCCCCACCUCGAGCUCACUUGACACAACCCAGAUCCUGGAUAUCAUUUCCGGGAUUAGAGCCUCGCGACAUCUGAUCUGCCUCCCUCCUUCGGGAGUUGGUCGCGGACCUCUUUACCCCUGGAUCCUGUGGAAUAUCUGGACAUCACGGAACAGAAGAGUCUUUAAUGAGAGAUCAUUCACUCCACUAGAAACAAUAUCCAACAUCGUCAAAGGAGCUAGAGAGUGGCAAGAAGCACAACCAGUAAAACAAUCAAUACCUGAAUCAACGAGGAGAGCAUGGAGACCACCAAUCCCGACGAACUCGAUCAGAUGUUUUGUCGAUGGAGCAUGGAACAGUGCAACUCUCGCCGCAGGAUUAGGCUGGGUUCUCCAGGACGAACAGGGAAACACCCUCCUCACAGGAUCGGAAGCACAUGCACCAGUGGGUUCUGCUCUGGUUGCAGAAGGGUUGGCACUCCGAAGGUCGCUUCAAUCUGCACUGGAUAGAGGCAUUCAGCGAAUAUGGAUCGCUUCGGACUCCGAAAAUCUCAACAAGAGCAUCAAUUUGGAGAUCAACAUAGCAGAGAUCUACGGUGUGUUACAAGACAUCAAGAAGAUGAAAAGAUCUUUUGAUUUUGUGGACUUUGUGUUUAUUCCCCGUGAAGCUAAUUCUUUGGCGGAUCGUGUAGCAAAAAACUGUUUGUGGGUCUUUUCUGAGAUCCGGGCUACUCUUGGGCCGCUUAUGAAUUAA